UCUAAUCCUGCCAACGCUGAGCCCGAACUCGCCAGCGCUCAUGCCAACACUGAGCCAGAACAUGCCAACGUUGAACCCGAAUCCGCCAACGCCCAUGUCAAUGCUGAGCCAGAACAUGACAACCCUGAGCCAGAACAUGACAACCCUGAGCCAGAACAUGCCAACGCUGAGCCCGAACAUGACAACCCUGAACCAGGACCUGAAAACCCUGAGCGCGAAUUUGAGCCCGGUUUAUCUUUAUGCGAAAAAAUCUUACGGCUGGAAGAAAAGAAUAAACAAUUUGAAAAACGAAUAAUUGAUUUGGAAGAAAAAUCAGAUAGAAAAAAAAAAAGAAAAAUUGUCGUUAUAGACUAG